CAAGAAACUCAGUGGGUCAGCGAUUCUUUCAGUAUUGAGCCAUACGAUUCAUGGAAUAAUGGAUGUUGAUCCAGAAGCUACUCGAAGGAAUAGUAUUGGGAAAACCCGUGAUUCGAUCAUUCAGGUUUUUUGUAAUAAUUUUUAUUCAUGA